UCAUCUUUCCAAACUGGUAGAAUCCUCGUCUACAGCCUAAACCUCAUCAGAAGACAUGAAGUACCUGGUCCUUUUCGCCAUAGUGGUUCAGGCUCUGGCUGCCCCGCCACGAGGCAAGCCUGGAAACCCUGGCCCUGAAACUGGGAAUCCACCUGGUCCACCUGGUCCACCAGGCCAUCCCAAUGUAACUGGCCCACCUCCACCCCCACCAGAUGGUUCUUCUGACAACAGACCACAGGGCAACGGUCCUCCUCCAAAGAAUGGCAGCCCUCCCCCUUCUGAAGAUGGCCCAAGACCAGCCAAAGGAAACCCACCUCCUAGUGGCAAGCCACCAGCAAAUGGGCCAUCCGAGAACAAAACUGGACAGCCACCCGCCGGAAAUAGACCCAAAAGACAUCUGAACGGUGCAAGGGGCAAACCUACUAGGACGCCACAUGUAGAAAAUCAUACUAAUGACUUUACAGGAAGCCAUCCUCACACUGAUUCUGCUGAAAAGCAUAGUGGAGAGAAGGGCCGCGACUCUAGACCUGGGAAGAGACACUGACCCUGAAAGAUAAAACCAGAAAAAUACGGUGACAGCAAAACCCUACACUAGACAAGUAGAUCUAAAGUCUGUAGAGUUUUUAUUGCAAAUAAACGUAUAUUAAACACAA